AUGCGGCUGUGGUGGAUCUUACUGCUCAGCUUUUGGAGUGUUUACGGCGAGCUACCGUUCAUAGCGGAGAACAACGCUGCCAUGUUGGUCAACUGGAAUGCGGUGGAUGGAAAUAAAAAGCUUUUUGCAAUCUAUGACACGAGCGCCAACGAACCAGGCAAUAUGUCUUUUGUCAAAGAGACAGUGGACAAGCUGUUGAAAGGAUAUGACAUUCGUCUUCGACCUGACUUUGGAGGCCCACCGGUUGCGGUCGGGAUGAGUAUUGACGUGGCGAGCAUAGACAUGGUGUCUGAGGUCAACAUGGACUACACGUUGACGAUGUACUUCCAGCAGUACUGGAGAGAUAAGCGACUAGCAUAUGCUGGGAUCCCUCUCAACCUAACCCUUGACAAUAGGGUCGCCGACCAGCUUUGGGUCCCUGAUACAUACUUCCUUAACGAUAAGAAGUCUUUUGUCCAUGGUGUGACUGUGAAGAACCGAAUGAUCCGCCUGCAUCCUGAUGGCACGGUCCUCUAUGGACUGAGAAUCACCACGACAGCCGCAUGCAUGAUGGACCUGAGGAGGUAUCCUCUGGACGAACAAAAUUGCACACUGGAGAUAGAGAGCUAUGGCUACACAACAGACGACAUUGAGUUCUACUGGAAAGGAGGAGACAACGCAGUGACCGGAGUGUCCCGAAUCGAACUUCCUCAGUUCUCCAUCGUUGACUACAAGUUGGUUUCCCGAAACGUUGUCUUCUCCACAGGUGCCUAUCCACGGCUGUCUCUAAGCUUUAAGCUGAAGAGGAACAUUGGCUAUUUCAUCCUGCAGACGUACAUGCCCUCCAUCCUGAUUACCAUCCUGUCCUGGGUCUCCUUCUGGAUCAACUAUGAUGCAUCUGCGGCCAGAGUAGCGUUAGGUAUCACAACCGUGCUGACCAUGACUACCAUCAACACCCAUCUGAGAGAAACGUUGCCGAAGAUCCCAUACGUCAAAGCCAUUGACAUGUACCUGAUGGGCUGCUUCGUCUUCGUCUUCUUGGCCCUGCUGGAGUAUGCCUUCGUCAACUACAUCUUCUUUGGCCGAGGCCCACAGAUGCAGAAAAAGUUGGCUGAAAAGGCAGAGAAAGCCAACAACGACCGCACCAAAUAUGACGGCAACAAGUCUGUUCAGGAGGGGGGGAAUUGCAAGCCUUCAUCUGUUAAACAGUCCAAUCAGGUACAAGGCCACCGUCACUCACGAGGGGUGGACUCCCAAGGGAACAUCCUCCUGACUACUCUGGAAAUCCACAACGAGGUGGCUGGAAACGAGGUGACCACCAGCGUCAGCGAGGCCCGCAACUCCACUUCCAUGGUGUUCGAUAACUCAGGGAUCCAGUACCGGAAGCAGAGUGGGCCACGGCAUGAAGCUGCCCGCCACAGCCUGGACAGGAAUGCGCAGCCCAAGAAAGCCAGGCUGCGCCGGCGCUCAUCCCAGCUCAAAAUCAAAAUCCCUGACCUUACAGACGUCAACGCCAUCGAUCGAUGGUCACGGAUAAUAUUCCCAGCUGCUUUUUCCCUCUUCAAUUUGAUCUAUUGGCUUUACUAUGUGAAUUAAGCCGCAGAUCUGGGUGGUUUCCCCUUUACAAUUAUCUUUUCCAUUUUAGAGGUAAAAUGAGACUUUUUUUUCUCUUUUCAAAGGACGUAUUUGUGCGCCAUUGUGGUGAGCGUGAGCUUUUUUUGUACUUGCAAACCCUUGCUUUUCUGUGAAGGGUACCAGUGGAAGACAAUGUGCACUAAAACGGGCUUUCUCAUCACAUACACCUUCAGAUCCAUAUCUACUUACACACACAAACACAGAAUAAAUUUUAUAAAGACUCUUUGUACAUAACUGCUGAAAUUUUGAAGCCAUGGGACAUCCGCAUGAUGCAAAUGGGACCCUUUAUAAACUUGUACCAACCUGUUAAAAUCGUGAGAGGAGAUGUCAGCUCCACUGAAUUUGCUACAGACCUGCGACUUAGAUUAAGGGUCAUCUACAAAUGAUUCAUGCCAACAAGCCACCAUUAUUAGAAUACCAAGAACAAAUGAAAAAUGACCUUUGUAUUAAACCAGAUGAUAGAAAUGCAAUAUUCUGUAUUUACGGUUGUGGUUUCACAAGUGUCAGCAUUGCUUUUUUUUCCAUCAGCAGUUGUGUUCAACUUUAGACUUUUACUGAUAUGAACAUAUUAAUGUGUAUGAAUGGACAUUGUUCGUAUAUAGUCAUGUUAUGACAUGCUUUUGGGACAUGAUUUCCAUCUGCCUUGGGUUGAUAUAGAUCACUUUUCACAGAUUUCGUGUAAGUGCUUCAGUACAUGUAACUAAGUAAUGCUUGUGCACUCAUCACAGUUCAAAACAUAUAAGAGCAUAACUACCAGUGUUGUGGAAUGUUUAAAUCAGGGCCUGCAAAUGACUUCCAUAAUGCCAACAUAUACAUUAUAGGGCAACGUUUUAGGUAUCGUACAUAGACUUUUGUUUCCAAUGGUUUCUUUCUGUCAGUAGUUGUAUAGCAUUUAGCAUGUGUAUUUUUUUAAGUGAGAGAUUAUGACUCAAGCAUUUGUGAUGAAUGUUUGAGUCCAAUAAUGUUAAUGUAGGCCUUAUGUAAACUGUUGUAUGGUCCAUUGACACUGUUUGUUUGACCAAAAACUCCACCUAACCUCUUUUUAUUCCUUUCCCAUCUGUGUUCCUUUGAGCUGGAUUGUAGACUAAAGGUGGUUUGAGGUGCAGUGUGUACUCCUAAUAAAAAAAAAUUGUCUCAGGUUUUGCUCCAAGAUAUUCAUGACCCAUAUCAUAUUGCAUUUUUAUUAUUGGCCAUAUGCAUAUAUCAGUAUUAUAUUUGCUGCAAUUGAUUUGUAUUAUAUGCUCAUGUACUCCAGACAUAAUGACUGCACAGCAGAUUUUGUCUUCUUAUUCCAAUAGCAUGAUAUUCUUUAUACGUAGAGGACUACACUGAUUGUAUUCCAUCUUGCUUUGGAGAUCACUUUGCCCCAAGUCAUUUGAGUGACCACUAACCUUGCUUCAGGGACCGAUGACCUUGUUGUAUGAUGAGAGAAUGAUGUAAUUUAUUAAACAUGCUCACAAAUGACCCAAAUAUGUUUAUACUAUCCCUUUGAAAUGCUCAGUGUGUGCUGUCAACAUGUCACAUUAACAGGCUGCUUUGCAGUUAUGUUGUGUCAGUAAUUGCUUGUUAUUACUUUGAUUGCUCCUUUUCCUUCUAUGUUGUAAAUAUAUGGCAGAAUAUCCAGAUUUCUGAGCUGUUGUUUUCUCUUUUUUAUUUUCAAUCUUGAGGUUCUGCUCACUUCUGUUUCUCCACGAGUCAGCAGAUAUCUAUUAUUGAAAUGUGUUUGAAUCAGUAGGUAUACUUGGGAUGGAUUUCUAGGCUAUUACAGGGGGCUUUGGUUUUAAAAAUAAACUUUACUCUUUCAAGUA